GCUCAACAUUAAAUUGUAUAUCAACCAAGAAAUUGUUGUAAAAUUGUCUACUAAAAUGAAUCAGCUGCAGCUUCGUAUUGUGUAAUAAUAAAAUAUGAAAAGGAGAAUAUCUUUGAAAAUAUAUGCAUGCAUUUUUUUUUCUCACUCUUUUGCAACCUUCUUGCACAUCUGUAAUGUAGCCGUCUCUUUCAGACGUCCUAUGUUUUAAACUUCCAUGUGAAUAUAGAUUUAUAUAACAUGCAUGCCAUGGGUCAUUUUUGGCCCACAUUUCAUUUUAUUUAACUGGCCCUCAAUACAUUCUAAAAAUACAACUAACAAAAAAAAGAAAAUAACAUUUAUGGGAUUGGGGGGGAUACUGUUAAGUUGGGAGAAUAAAUUUGAAAAGUUAGGAAAAUAAAAUCAUUACAUUUAUGAGAAAAAAGUAAUUUUAAAAAUAAUAAAAUCAUCUUUAAAUGCACGCUGUUGAAACAAAUGAGACUUUAUUUGAAGUAUAUAUAUUACACCCAAAAAAAUGCACAAUUAUCUUUGGAAAAUGUUGUAUUAUGAGGAGAUUACAUAUAUAAUAUAAAUUAUAUAAUCAAGUAAUACAAUUCAGUGGGAAAGAAAAAACAUCUAAUAUUGGUAAAAAAAAAAAAAACGAUAUGGAGAGAAAAAACUGUUAUGGUCAGUUGUAGUUGUGGUCAUUACCCUGCACAUGCUAAAUGUAUCAUGUGUGGACAAGAAGACAUGUCCACAGAUCUUAGCAUGACCGUGACGGAGGCCAGGAUAACAACAGGAUGUUUACAACAUGGGGAAACUCUCCAUGGACAAUCAUAAGGACGAUAAUCAUGUCAGCUUUCAUGCAUAUGCCUCAUGAUGACCAUAUCGGAUAUGGACAUUUACUUAUUAUUAUUAAUUUAUUUCGACAUUUUGUGGACUAUACCUGACUAUUAAUCUGGUCAGUUUGCCAUGACCCACUCUAGAAAAUUGAAAGAAAAGACUUUUUGCACACACGCUGACGUCUGAAGUGGUCAGCUGCAGGUGACAGCCACCAGAAGGACACUGGUAGUUUGUGACACCCAGGGGUGAAGCCUAUUCACUGGGCUGCCUUGUUUCUUUCUGCACACCGGCGGUCACACAUCUCACUUGGCUGCUGCCUCCACCACAACCACCGCUAUGGCGAUUACCGACUUUCUAGCACUCUCUGACAUUACCUCCGCCAUCAACGCUUGUAAAGCAAAGGAUUCCUUCAACCCAAAGAUGUUUUUUAAAGUUGUGGGUCUAUCAAAGAAGACUCCAACUGAGAUAGAGAGGGUCUUUAACAUCUUGGACCAGGACAAAAGUGGCUACAUAGAACAAGAUGAGUUACAACUCUUCCUGCAGAACUUCUCCAAAGGAGCAAGGACCCUGACUGCCGCCGAGACCAGAGCCUUCCUGCUAGAGGGGGACUCCGACGGGGAUGGCAAGAUUGGAUGGGAAGAAUUUUCUGCGCUGGUCAAGUCUUCAUAAGAGCAUCUCUCUAUGAAUGAAGUUUAUUUUUUGUACGGUUUUGAUCUCAGGUUGGAUUUCUUCAUGUAAUGUUAACUAUAGCUACAGUAAAAAAUAAGUCUUUUAUGUUUGUAGGGACAACCUUCCCGAGUAAAGUGUUGAAAUUGCUACAUGUCAUUGUCCAUACAGGUUAUAAAUAAAGAUACUCUUCUCCAUCAAA